AUGAUAUUUAAUAUACUUUUAUAUUGUCAUCCCUGGGCCCUCGCCCUGUGCCUCGCCGCCACCUCCCGCACCGUCGCCUCACAGCGCCAGAGCCUGGUGCCGGGGCCCGAGCUCGGGCCCGAACCCAUCCUCCUCCCCCAGCUGCAGUGGCCCUUCCUCAGCUGGGAGACGCUGCUGGGCCCGGCCCUGAGGAGUGGGUCUGCCGCCGCUGCCGCCAUCACCCUUUCAUCAAGAGUUCGAUAUGCACACAGUGAUAUACGUGUUCCCGACUUCUCCGACUAUAGACGGCAAGAUGUCCAAGAUUCUAAGACGUCCUCACAGGGCAGCAGUGAUACCAGGAAAGGCUUCUCCUACUUGCUCACUGGGACCACGGCAGUUAUGGGAGCCUAUGCUGCAAAGAGCGUCAUCACACAGUUCAUCACAAGCAUGAGUGUAUCUGCUGACGUGCUUGCACUGUCCAAGAUCGAAGUGAAGCUGGGAGAUAUUCCAGAAGGCAAGAACAUGACCUUCAACUGGAGAGGCAAGCCCCUCUUUGUCCGCGACCGUUCACCCAAGGAUGUUGAGAGCGAGCAGGCUGUGAGUCUUGCCAAGCUGCGAGACCCACAGUUAGAUUCUGAUAGAGUCAAGGAUCCACAGUGGAUGAUUCUCAUUGUCGUCUGCACUCACCUGGGCUGUGUCCCAAUCGCCAAUGCAGGUGAAUAUGGCGGCUACUACUGCCCAUGUCACGGAUCUCACUAUGAUGCGUCCGGGAGAAUCAGGAAGGGCCCAGCUCCUCAGAAUAUGGAAGUUCCACCCUACGAGAUUGUCAGCGAGGAUCUCGUGGUCGUCGGCUAAACGUAUUACCUUUAG